UAUUGAUUGGCUAGGGAGCACUGAAUUCCCUUUGAGCAGUCUCAACCGUUGAAAUUUUAUCAUCGAACGGGCCAAGCUUGAAGCCCAAUGCUGACAUGGCAUGACAUCAACAGCUGCUGCUAAUGGCGCCUCGAAUUUCCUGUGAGGCGUGCAGGCACCAUAAUACAACCCACAUCACUGCUGGAGCCUGCAUCAGGUUGGCCGCCUCUUGUUGGGAGGCGACCACGCAGGGUAGUGAGCUGCAAGGGCUUUAUUUUUUGGCCUGUGCCAAUGCGCUUCGCGUUCUUGAGCCCAUGUUAGGAAGGCGCCAAUCGAGCAAAUACCUUACGUCGAAAAUCACCAACAAUUGCCCAGAAAUCAAGGGAUCUUUCAUGAUGCGCAUACUUAUAUAGCGCUCCAUAGUGUUCUUGACUAAAGUUGAGCUCUUGUCCUCAGGGCAUCUCGCUUUAACAAGGCUGGGCAUGGAAGGCGAAACAGAUACUCAGCAUGAUUCAGUCACUCAGCCACUGCUGAGCGGACCCCGCGAGACUGAUGCGAGCGAGCCCCUUCCGUCAUGGGCCACCCCCAGGGCCAAAUGGAAACUCGUCAAAGUUGAGAAUGGCCUGAGGAUAUUUCUGGACGCUUCUCCAGAGAGAAAGAAGGGGCGAGGCUGCUUCUGCUGCUUGAGGGCAGGGUCCUGCUCCCUCAAGGCAGUUGGUGUAGUCGCCGCCGCCCCAGACACUGUCUUCGAUCUAGUUACGGGCCUGGCCUCGGAGAGGGGCCAGUGGGACCCGCUGUUCGACAAGGGGCGCGUGGUGGAGAAAAUCGACGGCAGCACCGACGUCGUGCAGAAGUGCUUCAGGGCAGUCGGCACGAAUGUAAAAGCUCAGGACUUCUGCCUUCUGCGCUCAAAUGUAAGGCCUCCUGGUGGGUCGAUCGUCGUAUCGUACCAGUCCACCCAGCACAAGAAGUGCCCGGUACAGGCAGGAUAUGCCCGGGGGCAACUGAAAAGUGGCGGGUACAUCAUUACGGCGUUGCAAGGGGGCCCGCAACCCCAGACCUUGCUGGAGCACGUGGUAGAACUAGAUGAGGGGGGGUGGCUCUGCGGGCCGCCGGCCGAGGCGGUCGAGGCAUUGCAGCUGCAGCUACUUUACCGGAUAGCCGGUGCCCGGGAGUACUUCGCCGCCCACUUCCCAACCUCGGCGAAUCCUCAAUCGAUAGAAAGCUCCGGGCAAAGAACCCGCCUCGCCCCCCUAGUUAUCCGAAGGGUCGACAGCGCCCGGGCGAUCGGUUCGGGCACCCUGGAUUCGCAAGCGUCGGACGCCGAUGCAGAGUUCUUCGACGCGAAGGAGGGCGCGCUGUCCGAGAGUGCGUCCGAAGCGGGAAGCCCUCCCGCUUCUCUGGUCGACACUGCGACUUCUCCCUCCAUACCCCCCUUUUCGGGCUCUGUGCGACGGGCGUCCAACGUGGCGGACGGCCGUGACUGCUGGUCGGUGCCGGACCCAGCGGGGUUCAGCCUGCGCUCGAGGAGCUAUCCCUUCGAUGGCGGGAUGGAGCGCGCGAAGGAGCCCUUUUUCACACUUGUAGCAGUUGACUGGUUCAAGUCGGACGUCCGAAUGGACCGCUUGGCACGGCGGCCCGGGGGGCUCGUCAACCGGACGCUCAAAGGGGGGCCGCCGUUCGUCUUCGUCGUCAAUAUGCAGGUCCCAGCGGGGCCCGUGCACUACAGCAUGGUGUACUACUUCGCGUCGUACCAGCCCAUCACGGACCGCAUGCUCUUCCACGCCUUCAUGCACGGGGACGACGCGUACCGGGACGCGCGCCUCACGCUGCUGCCCAACAUACCCAACGGCUCGUGGUUGAUCCGCCAGAGCGUGGGCUCGCGGCCGGUGCCGCUAGCCCAGGUGCUCAAGUGCAGAUACGACAAGGGGGAGCACUUCUUUGAGAUCGAUGUCGACAUGGGGACGUCGGCAAUCGUGCGCUACGUGCUCAGCCUCGUGCUGCCAGUUGUCACCAUCUUAGUGGUCGACAUGGCCUUCCUGAUCAGGGGCGACACGGAAGAGGAGCUGCCCGAGGUGCUUUUAGGAGCCGUGCGGCUCCACACGCUCGAGCUGACGUCAGCAAUUCCGCCUCCACCGGAGGCUUGACCAGCGAAGCCUUCCAGAUUCGGGGAGUCUACGCAUCACUGCCAAUCAAGCUUCUUUGACCGAACGGCUAAGAGUUCCCGAAGUUCGACAUUUUGCGAGGAGACAGGGCAGCGACAGCAUUACCGUCCUAAUCGAUUUAGUAGAUACGAAAGAUCUGGUAUGGGAAUGUACAUUGUUUCGCACAGGUUUUGGGAGCUUCGUGGCAAGUAGCUUACAGAUGUGCUCCUGAGAAAGUUUGAACAACCAAACACAAUCUCCAGUGAGUUUGGAGUCUUGUCAGGCUUUUGUGAUUGUACAACGUCCAAGCAGGAAGAUGAGGCCCUUGCAGUUUCUGACACGUUAGCCUCUUUUGCUGCCUACUUUCGUCAGGAUUCCUGAAUAAUCCAUACUGCUUUCUGGGAACAAGAUUGAUACUGUGAUUCAUUUGCAACGUGCAUGUCCGCUAGGUAGGAGUAGAGCACUGGCUGCGCGAACCAGUUUUAGGACGAGAGUGUUAGUUCAGACAGUGACAAGUACGUGGAUGGGGCCUCACUUAAAACCAUUGUAACUUUGGUCCCGCUAAAAGACACACAAAACUUGAGACUCACGAGCACGUACGGUGUCACGCGGAAACGACCUACGUGAUGUAUCGAGCAUUCGGCAACUUCCCAAUUAAGCCCACU